CCUGCCGCGAUGGGGAUACCCCACGACAUUUGUCCGGUAUUUAAUAAGUAUUUUUCGGAGGGACAUGACUCAAACAAGUGCCGUUGCCGGAAGAGAACACCACUAACUUAGAAAAUGGACCCUGGGCAGAGCAGCAAGUUGAGCGAUGGAAUCGACGCUCCGUGGUGGAAGAUCUGGGCGAAACGCCGCAACGUGGUAAUGCUGAUGGCCUUUUUUUGCAUGCAGGUCGUGUAUCUAACCCGGUUAAGUCUGAAUGUAACGGUUGAUGCUAUGAAGGCCGAUCUCGGCCAAAGUUGGGACAAAGAACAACUGGUGCGCUCGUUCUUCUACGGAUUGCUCGUGACGCAGAUUCUCGGUGGUUUUCUUGCCAGCAAAUUUGGUUGUACGAAUGUGAUCACUGUCGGUAUAGCUGGAACCUCGGUACUAACCAUCUUCACCCCGUUGGCUGCCUACGGCGGAGCCGGAUGGAUUAUAGCGGUGCGCGUUCUACAGGGAAUGUUCCAGGGGGUGGUCUUCCCCUGUCUGCUUGACCUCUGGGCGCGGUGGGCACCUCCGUCGGAGCGAACGAACAUGGUCAUGGUUACGUUCGUGGGAAUCAUUGUGGGCACGAUCAAAGCGAUGUUCAUCGGUGAACCCCUGGUCGAAUCCGUUAGUUGGGAGAGUGUGUUUUACAUAUUUGGAGGCGCCGGAUGUUUGUGGUGCGUGGCAUGGAUCAAGAUGAUCAGGAAGUCUCCGGACGAGGAUCGAUCGAUUACUGAUGGGGAGAAAGAGUUCAUCAUGCAAACUUUGGGGAAUGUUGAAGGACAGUCUGGAGGUGUGAAACACCCUUGGAAGGGUAUUUUCACCUCGACGGCAGUUCUGGCAUGUGCGGUUGCCAGUUUCUGUCAAAAUUGGGGACUCGUCAAUAAUCUGAACAUGUUUCCAACGUUCUUGAAAGAUACCUUAAACUACGAGCUCUCCCCAACGGGUUUCCUCACAACACUCCCGUACGUAUCAGCCAUAAAAGGUCUCACCAUUGGCGGCCCCCUGGCCGAUCGUCUCCAGGUCAAGAGCCUUCAAACGGCUACCCAGGUUCGACGCAACUUCACCUGUGCCUCCUUCAUAGCGCAGCUGAUCUUCAUGCUUGCUGGAGUGCUUGUGCACGAUUCAAUAGCAGCCAUCAUCCUGAUGACGGAUAUCGUGUCACCGGUUGUGACCGGGAAUCUUACGGCGAACAAUACGGUGGAAGAGUGGAACGCGGUGUUCUUCGUAACAGCCGGACUUUACCUGUUGGGAUGUGCUGUGUAUUGGUUCCUGGCUUCUGGAGAGUUGCAGCCGUGGUCGGUUGAAAAGAGAGCUAGAGAUCGACAGAAUGGUUUGAGCGCUAUAAAUUGUUCAGUCAGAAAACACAUAGUUUCAAUUGAAUCUCUUCCAAGUGACGGAAUCGCUGCACCAAUGUGGAAGUUCUGGAAACGACGACGCACCGUGGUGGCGAUGAUGGCCUGCCUGGGAGUACAGUUUAUGUAUUUGAACCAGCUGAGCUUGAACGUUACCCUGGCGAGUAUAUCAAAGGAACAUGAUUACGCAGAGUGGUCUAGAAGGCAGAAUUACCUUCUCAGCUCAUUUUUGUACGGAUACCUUUUGACGCAAAUAAGUGGUGGUGUAUUGGCUCCCAAGUUGGGUCCAACAAAAAUGAUCGCCACCAGCAUAGCAGCAAGCUCCGUUCUGUCCCUUCUGACACCGCUGGCAGCGUACGGUGGAAUCAGGUGGCUCAUAGCAAUCCGGCUAUUGCAGGGAAUGUUCCAGGGCGUCGUAUUCCCGUGCCUUCACGAACUAUGGACCCGCUGGGCACCUCGCAGUGAACGCACGCACUUGGUGCUGACAGCACUCGACGGAAUCCAGAUGGGAUCGGUUAAUGCGCUGUGCUUGGGUGACCUCUUGGUUGAUUACGUGAGCUGGGAUAGUGUUUUCUACAUAUUUGGGGUUUUGGGGUGCAUUUGGUGCUUCUUUUGGACUAAAACGGUCAAAGACCGUCCAGAAGAAGAUCAAUCUAUAAGUCAAGCUGAAAAGGAGUUUAUUUUGCAAACCUUGGAUAAUGUUGAGGGUCAAUCAAAACAUCCAUGGAGAGCCAUACUCACUUCUCCAGCGGUUUUCGCUUGUGCAGUUGCCAAUUAUUGCCAGAUCUGGGGUUCCAACACUAUUCUAGCCACACUACCAUCGUUUUUGAAAGAGAACUUCAACUACGAGGUUGCUCCGUCGGCCUUCAUUUCAACACUCCCGUACCUGGCAACAACAAUUGCGCUGAAGAUUGCUGGACCUCAAGCUGAUCGCCUUCAGAACAAGGGACCGUGUACGACCACCCAAGUGCGGCGGAACUUCACCUGUGCUUCGUUCAUCGCUCAGGUGAUCUUCAUGCUAGCCGGAGCGCUGGUUUUGAACGCUAUACAGACCUCAAUCCUGAUGUCGUUGGCCGUUGCGAUGCGAGCCCUGGGCUGGGCCGGCUACAUCGUAAACCUGCUGGAUUUGUCACCUAGAAGUGCGGGAGUUAUGAUGGGAUUGGUUGGAUCGGUUGGAACCAUUGCGGAUAUCACGUCACCUUUGAUCACUGGGCUUCUUACUCCAAACAGUACGAUUGAUGAAUGGAACGUGCUAUUUCUAAUUACAGCUGGAAUCUACCUAAUUGGAAGCUUCGUAUACUGGUUAUUGGCUUCUGGAGAACUUCAACCGUGGGCUAUUGAGAAGCGCGAACAGGACAGGCGUCAAACCCAAGAUUCCGAAAUCUCUUCUAUCAAUGAUUAUUAUACUUAUUUGUAAUCAAACAAUAAAUAAGUUUUUUAGAUA